AGACAUAUUACAUCUUUUUACAUCUUUUGAUUUGGUAUUCAUAUUUUACCGCUCUCUUUCGCUGUAGAAAUGCUGAUAAAGUCCUCGGACCAUAUCUCUCUUUAUCUCCAAAUAUUGAUAAUUUUCUACAUAGUCCCCCCUCCCCCCCCCUUCUGUCCCUACUCGCCGACUGCCAUAAGAAGAAGAUUUAUCCCCACAAGACCAAGAUAUACACAAACACAGAGGCGCCACUGAUAGAUAGAUACAUAUAGAGAGAUCUAUAGAGAGAGAAAGAGAGAUGAUGGAUAAAAGCUGUCAAUCCUCUGCAGACUCUACCACAACCACUACUAGUAGCAGCACUACCACUACUAGUAAUAAUAAUACCAGCAGAGAGCAGUACCUCAGACACCUCAACAAGCUCUCCCACAAGAUCUCCAAACCCAUCAUCAAAAAACCCCCUUUUGAUCCCCACAAUCAAACUCAAAAUCUUGUUGAUAAUCAUGACAAUCACCAACAAUCACAACCGCCGUCACAGGCGCAGCCGCCGGUCCAGCAGCAUCAGCCGCCGGUGUAUAACAUCAACAAGAACGACUUCAGGGACGUCGUCCAGAAGCUCACGGGCUCCCCGGCCCACGAGCGCUUCUCGACGCCGCCGCCUAUCCACGCACCUAAGCCUCCCAGCUCUCGCCUCCAGCGUAUCCGACCUCCGCCCCUGGCGCACGUUAGCAAUCGCCCCCCUCCCCUGCUAAACGGCGGCGGUCCCCCUCCACAGCCGCAAGCUAUGAACACUUCCAUCCCCAUAACCGCCGCGAAUUCCAGCUUCGGUCAGCUCGGACGGCCCGUAACGCCUCUGUCGCCUCUGCCGCCGUUCCCGAGCGUUCACGCGGCGGCCGAAUCGCCCGUCUCGGCCUACAUGCGGUACCUACAGAAUACAGUCUGCACCUUCGAUUCCAAUCCUAAGCAGUUCUCCGGAUUCUCACCGUUGGCCCCUCUGGUCUCGCCGCGCUGGCACAAUUCGGCUCCGCCGAUGUCGCAUCAGCAUCAGCAGUUUCCACCGCCGCAGCAGGGGAUGCUUCCCCCGCCGACAUCGGCAUCGAUACCGUCAUAUCCGCAGUUCCCGAUGCCGACCUCACCGCUUCCAUUCGGUUGUUUGAAUUCACCGCGGUCACCGUACCCUUUGCUCUCCCCAGGCCUGCUGUUUUCGCCUUCGUCCGGUCAACUAGGGUUUCCGCAGCUCCCGCUUUCGCCCACUGUGCCGGUGCCGAGCCCUAGAUGGAGAGCUCUCUGAAUUGCUUCCGUCUUCAGGUAAUCCAUCUCUGCGACAACGAUGUCGUUUUAGAUUUGAGGUUUUUGUUUCUAUGGUUUUGUAAAUGAUUGGGGGGGCUUAGGCGUUAUUCAACCGGUGGUAGUUGGAUAAGAAACAUUGUCCACCGCUGGUGAAUUUUAGAGCUUCUUGUGUAAAUUUCAUAAGAACGACAUGUGAAAAAGGAGAAACCCUAGAUUUGUUUUUGACGUUUUGUUGGAUAUUUGGGUGGGAAAGAAAAGUUAAGAGAAGUUAUAGAAUUAUUAGUGUUGGAUGCUUCUGUUA